GGUUCCCGGGGCGACGGGGCGGAAGCGAAGGGAGAUGCAAUCUCUGUCGUCGACGUUAGUCUCUUCCUUCGCUGCUAACGUUCCGUUAUGAGUUGCUAAAAUCAUGGUGAAAUGUUGCUCGGCCAUUGGAUGUGCUUCUCGCUGUUUGCCAAAUUCCAAGUUAAAAGGACUGACAUUUCAUGUAUUCCCCACAGAUGAAAACAUCAAAAGAAAAUGGGUAUUAGCAAUGAAAAGACUUGAUGUGAAUUCUUCAGGCAUUUGGGAGCCUAAGAAAGGAGAUGUGUUGUGUUCAAGGCACUUUAAGAAGACAGAUUUUGACAAAAGUGCUCCAAAUAUUAAACUGAAACCUGGAGUCAUACCUUCUAUCUUUGAUUCCCCAUCUCAUUUACAGGGGAAAAGUGAAAAGCUUCAUUGUAGGAAAAACUUCACCCUCAAAUCCCUUCCAGUCACAAACCACAAUCACCAAAUUGGUGGUGCUUCCUCGCAUACUGAAGAAUUUCAAUCCCAGUUCAUUUUUGAACAUAGCUACAGUGUAAUGGACAGCCCAAAGAAACUUAAGCAUAAAUUAGAUCAUGUGAUCAGCGAGCUAGAGGAUACCAAGAAAAGUCUGCAGAAUGUUUUAGACCGAGAAAAACGUUUCCAAAAAUCAUUGAGGAAGACAAUCAGGGAAUUAAAGGAUGAAUGCCUCAUCAGCCAAGAAACAGCAAAUAGACUGGAAGCUUUCUGUUGGGAGUAUUGUCAAGAGAGCAUAGAAUGAGACUAUAUUUCAUGAAGUAAUUUCAUGUUAUGUUCUACUUGAAAUUAACAUUAGUACCACUUUUUAGAAAAUAAUUCUGAUUUACCAUCAUUCAAUAAUAUCCAGCAUUUAGAGUGCUGCUUUGGAUUCUCUGCAGCGUUAUACAUUAUAGUUGUUAUUUAAAGCGGUGCAGAAAUUUGUGCUAGUUAUCGUGUUUUUGUGUGACUUGUGACAAUUAUGUUUUUAUAGACCUAAACUAGUGCCAGGUCACUAUUAUAAGACGUUGAAAGAUCAAGAAAAUUCCACAGGACUAAGGGAAUGAUAUCAAAUCAGCCAUGUUAAACUGUGGUAUUAAGAACUGGAUACUUCUGCAGCAGCAUCAUAUUUUUUACUUUAAAGGAGUACUUUAUUAUUAUUUACUUAGGUACACUUUAUGGUAAAUUUGUUAAAUUGUACUUUGAACAUAUCUUACCAUAAAGCAGAAUUUAUUUAUAACACAUGUGCAUCUUGGAUCCAGUCCAAGGUGUUUUUGUUAGCAAUAAUACCAAAAUACCUUUUUACAAGACAUCCCAUAGUACUGACCCUGAGAACAGCAUAUGGUGUAGAUAUUUUGGCUUUUAAAGUUGUCAGGAGUCAAGUUAAGAAGACCCAUGAUGAGGUCUCAGUUUUUCGGUACAGUACCUUAUUCUCCAAACUAGGAGCACAUUGAUGUAAACCUGCAUAGCUUUAAAAUUUUUUAUAAAGGGUCAUAAAUCUGAUUUUUAAAUAGCUAGUUACUCUGACAGUUCCUCUGAACAUUUUGUUUUUUGACUGUUAUUUCAUCAUAAAGGUAUAUCUUCAAAAUCUGAAUGCCAGUACUAAAUGAAUACUUUUAAUGUUGCUUUGUAUUUUAUGUAAAGUAAUAUUGCUGACAUUUCUAAAAAUACGAAAUACAGAAGAAACCUUAAAAAAAAAAAUAAUGAUGUGGCUCUUCCAGUUGAAAUAGGAAUUGGAGAAAGGGUUAUAAUAUUUUCCUUUAAUUAGAACAGUAGAUUACUGUGUUUCCCCGAAAAUAAGACCUAGCCAGAUGAUCAGCUCUAAUGCGUCUU